AAAUAGGAGGAAAAGUGCAAAUAACCCCAAGUUAAAAUCCAUAACAAUUUACAGUUUUCUCAAACAGCCAAAGCUAAAACCCAAAACCCCUCUUUAACACUUCCUUUUUUUUGGCGCUAACACAGUUCACAGUAAAUCAAUGGAGGAAGAAGCUUCAGAGCAACAACUUGUUAAAGAAUCAAUGGAUGAAGAUGCUGUAGACCAUUUGGAAACCCCAAAUGAAGUUGUUGAAGAAACUAGAGAUAAACCUUACCCUUGGCCUGUUAUUCAAUAUGAUGUUUCCCCAUAUAGAACUUAUCAUUUCUUUAACCAGUUCAAGACUCCUUCAAACCCUAAUAAUUUCUUAAAGGGUGUCAAAUGGUCACCAGAUGGUUCUGGAUUCCUCACUUGCUCUGAUGAUAAUACCUUUUGUUUAUUUAACUUGCCAUAUGAUGAAAGUGGAGGGCUUGCUGAUUUUUCUUCAUCAGCUGCUGAUACAGAUUCUUAUGGUGCAAGCCUUGUCAUGAGUGAUGGGGAGUCUGUAUAUGACUAUUGCUGGUAUCCUUAUAUGUCUUCUUCAAGUCCAGAGACAUGUGUUUUUGCAAGUACUACCCGUGAUCACCCUAUUCAUCUCUGGGACGCUACUACUGGACAGUUACGCUGUACAUACCGUGCUUAUGAUGCCAUGGAUGAGAUCACUGCUGCCUUUUCAAUUGCCUUCAACCCUGCAGGGACUAAGAUCUUUGCUGGUUACAACAAAUCCAUAAGAACAUUUGAUAUUCAUCGGCCUGGCAGAGAUUUUACCCAGCACUCCACCCUUCAAGGAAAUAAAGAAGGGCAAUCAGGCAUUAUAUCCUCAAUUGCUUUCUGUCCAACCCAUUCAGGAUUGCUGGCAACAGGCUCCUAUAACCAAACUACUGCUAUACAUAGGGAAGAUAACAUGGAACUUCUCUAUGUCUUGCAUGGUCAAGAAGGUGGGGUUACACAUGUCCAAUUCUCAAAAGACGGAAAUUACUUGUACACUGGUGGCCGGAAGGACCCUUACAUACUGUGCUGGGACAUUCGGAAGACUGUUGACAUAGUUUACAAGAUGUAUAGAUCAUCAGAAACUACCAAUCAGCGGAUAUAUUUUGAUAUUGAACCUCGGGGUCAGCAUCUCGGCUCUGGAGGACAGGAUGGCUCAGUUCACAUUUAUAAUCUUCAAACCGGACAGUGGGUAUCCAGCUUCCGAGCUGCAUCAGACACAGUUAAUGGUUUUUCAUUUCAUCCUUUCCUGCCAAUGGCUGCCUCUUCAUCAGGCCACAGGAGAUUUGGAGUUUUAGAUGACUCCCACGAGGAUAUGCCCCUUACUGGUGAUGAAAAUUGUGUUUCUGUGUGGAGCUUCUCCUAUUCAGCAUCCUUAGAAAAUGCUGUUAGCCCCAGUUCUGGGGGCUCAAAUGAUAAAUCUGAGCUUGAUGAGGACCUUCCUCAAGAACCUUGAUCCAUGUACCGACUGUGUAUAAACUUAUCUUAGCAUGGGGUGACACAACCUUAAUUUAACAUCUUAAAAUACAACCACAGCAAAUCCAUUCUAAUAAACUGUGUAUGUACUAUUUAUGGAUGUAUACACAUCAGCUCUGCUGUUUAAAUAUUCUACCAGUUAUUAGCUCAUAGAUGUCACUUUUGGUAUUUGUCUCAUUUGGACUUAUUUUAUAUCCUUUUCCAUUUUUGAUAUAUGUAAAAGAAAAACACAUUUAAGUUUGAGAGAGUGUUUCGAAUUUGCUACUCUUUGAACGCCU